AUGGGCUUGGCAGGGCCACUUGAUGCUCUUGAUUUCUCGGCAUUGGGAUCGCUCCUCCGUCUCAAUCUCUCUUACAACCAGCUUGGUGGGGCAAUUCCUCCGACCAUCUCGGCUCUCUCCAGGCUUGUAUCUCUUGAUCUCACUAGCAAUCAGUUCACAAGCAAAAUCCCAGUUGGAAUGGGCUCCAUGAAAGAGCUUCGAUUCUUGAGUCUUAGCCAGAAUCAAAUGGUUGGUGCUAUACCUCCAUCUCUUAGCAACCUCACCGGCCUUGUGUCCUUGCACUUGGAAGAUAAUAAGCUUGUGGGUGUCAUUCCUAAGGGGUUAGGGAGGCUCCACGAGUUGAUGUAUCUGAAUAUUGGAGUCAAUAACCUAUCUGGUUCAAUCCGUCUAAAAAAUUUAACAAAGCUUCGCUUCUUAGCUCUAUACCAAAAUCAGCUCUCGGGUCCUAUCCCUUUUGAGAUUGGAAAUCUCAUUGAGGUCACCAAUCUCUACUUCUCAGAAAACCUAUUAACAAGUUCAAUUCCUUCCUCUAUAGUAAACAUGACCAAAUUAGAGAGUCUUUACCUUUGGGGUAAUCAACUAUCUGGUUUUAUUCCUCUUAAAAUUGGAAAUCUAAUAAAAGUUACUGAUCUCUUACUUUCAAAAAAUCUUUUAAUUGGUCCCAUUCCUUCUUCUAUAGGAAAUAUGACCAAAUUAAACAUUCUUUACCUUCAGGAUAAUCAAUUAUCUGGUUUUAUUCCUCUUGAGAUUUGGAAUCUAAUUGAAGUUACUGAUCUGGCCCUCUUAAAAAACCAAUUGUCAGGUCCCAUCCCUUCCUUGAUAGGAAACAUGACCAAACUCAAAAAACUAGGUGUAUUAGAUAAUCAGUUGUCUGGACCUUUGCCUGUGGAGAUCAACAACAUUACUGGACUGACAUACCUAGUGCUGUCAAAUAAUAACUUCGUUGGUUAUUUACCCUCAGACAUAUGCAAAGGUGGAGCCCUACAAUACUUCAUUCUAAGCAUGAACAACUUCCAAGGUCCCAUUCCCACGACCUUGAAAAACUGUACCACACUAGAAAGGGUUCGUCUUGAACACAACCAACUCACCGGAGAUGUAUCUCAAUGUCUUGGAAUGUAUCCCCAUCUUUAUUAUAUGGAUUUGAGCUUCAAUCUACUCUCCGGUACACUCCCACCAGACUGGGCAAGAUGGCACAAUCUGACGCUCUUCAGAAUCUCAAAUAACAACAUCACCGGAGUCAUACCCACCGAGUUUGGGCAGUUGACGAAACUGCGAGAGCUGGACCUCUCUUCCAACUACCUACAAGGAGAGAUCCCAAAGAGCUUCGGCAGCUUAACCCUUCUCUACAAUCUGAGCUUGGGCAACAACCAACUCGUCGGCCAGGUGCCUUCGGAGUUUGGAAUGCUGACCAAUCUUGAACUGCUUGAUCUCUCAUCCAACAACUUGGCAGGAAGAAUCCCAGAUCAAUUAGGCAACUGCAUGAAACUCCGAUCGUUGAAGCUUAACAACAACAACUUCAGUGGAACCAUUCCUUUGGCCAUUGGUAAUCUGGUGGACCUUCAAGACACGUUUGACGUCAGCCACAACUCACUAACAGGGGAGAUUCCAUCCCAACUCAGCAAAUUG